UACAACGAUGCGUGAGUUGAUCUGUGUGCCUCGCAUCAAUAAAGACUGCGGAGCCAUUCGCGCAGCACAUGAAGGCAUCAUAUGACCCGGUGCACUUCUCAGCAGGCGGCGACUUCAACGGUACCGCUGAAGUUAAGAGAGUGACAAUGUGUAGAAAAGCGGUGUGAGCCGGUAACGUUUGUGCUGUUUGCGCUGCUCCGAAGAAACUAAGUGACAUAAGUUUUAUCUAGAAGGACUGGUUUAUAUCGGAUAGCGGAUUUAAAUGCUCUACAAUCAUCAUGACAAGUAAACAGGAGGCUAAAUCAGGAUUUUAAAAACACCUAGAAGGUAACUCGGCUCAGAACAUCAGGGAAGUUAACGUUUUAACUGUAGCUAACUGACGUCGCCAGUUCGUUACAUUUUUAGGUUGUUUAGUAAAAGUCACUGUCUAUACUGUAACUUUACCGGGUUGGCGUAAACACCACUGAAAACCUAAAAGCUUCGAAUUCAGAUCAGUUUCCGAGCUAUUUCACUUUACAAAGGACUAACUUUCGCCUGGUUCGCAUUAAGAGGAUUUCCACUUUAACCGAAGUAAACAGUGGGCAUUACCAUACCGGUAGCAAGAGCAGAACAGGGACAUGCGGAACAAGAACAAAGGCAGGCUACAUUGAUUGACAUACCUCCCCCCUUUUUUUGACAGGAGCUGAAUGGCCUCUGUUGUAGCAGUGAAAACUGAGAAGCGGCCUGCAGUGGAUUCUCAGGAUGCAGACUCCAAUGCUAAAAAGCCCAGGAAACUGCUGCCCAGUCUGAAGACUAAGCGAGCCCCCGAGCUUGUCCUGGUGAUUGGUACGGGGGUAAGCUCUGCAGUGGCCCCUCAGGUCCCUGCUCUCCGCUCCUGGAAGGGCCUCAUCCAGGCCUUGCUCGAUGCAGCCAAUGACUUUGACCUACUGGAGGAAGAGGAAAAUCGGCGGUUCCAGAAGCACAUGCAGGAAGACAAGAAUUUGGUGCAUGUGGCCCAUGACCUCAUUCAGAAACUUUCCCCGAGAACAGGUAAUGUAAGGUCCACGUUCUUCAAGGACUGCCUGUACGAAGUGUUUGAUGAUUUGGAGUGUAAGAUGGAGCACGCAGGGAAACACUUACUGCGGUCAGUGCUGCAGUUAAUGGAGAGCGGCGCACUCGUUCUCACUACCAACUUCGACAACCUGCUGGAAAUUUAUGCAGCCCAUCAGGGCACCAAGCUGGAGUCUUUGGACCUGACAGAUGAGAAGAAGGUGCUGGAGUGGGCUCAGGAGAAACGGAGGUUAAGUGUUCUGCAUAUCCACGGUGUUUACACCAACCCCAGUGGUAUCGUACUGCACCCUGCUGGCUAUCAGAAUGUAUUGAGGAACACUGAGGUUAUGCGUGAGAUUCAGAAGUUGUACGAGACCAAAUCCUUUGUCUUUCUGGGCUGCGGCCGCACAGUAGACGACACAACCUUCCAGGCUCUGUUCUUGGAGGCGGUUAAACACAAGUCGGACCUCGAGCACUUCAUGCUCGUGCGGCGAGAGGAUGUGGGAGAGUUCAAGAAGCUGCGCGACAACAUGCUUGACAAGGGCAUCAAGGUCAUCUCCUAUGGAGACGAGUACGCUGACCUGCCUGAGUACUUUGAGAGGCUGGCCAAUGAGAUCUGCAACCGUGACGUGUCCACCAAUGGCUGGGGAUCCCCGUCGCAGAACGGAGAGGAACAGCAGAUCGGUAUUAACACACAGAAAAGCCUCCUUCAAGGUUAAGACUGAACUCGUCUCUUUGGCUCGGAGCUGCGGCCUCUCGCUAAAGACAUUUUCAGACUAAACGUCCUGUUCAGAACUGUUUUCUGACUGUAUGCUGGUAGAAAAUCCAAGUCUGUCUUGAAUUUUAGUUACAAAAAAAAAAAAUACUGGUAUUUUUUUCCACAAACUGGUGUGGCAGUAUUAACAAUUGUCAGUGGCAUCAUUUCAGUAGAUGUUCUUUGACUUUUUUUUAAGCUUUUCAGACAAUUCCUUCCACUUCUUUUCAACCCCAUACUCUUGACAGAUGCAUUUUCUUCCACAGCUUUACUCACAGAUCAAGUCUGAUUUUGCUGAAUACAUUUAGGAAUCUAUGGGGAACCUUAAUUACAUCAUUAUUUUUCAGAUUCCCUUCUCAUUCCGUUUUUAACUAAAAGGGAAAAAAGUUUGCCUGGCAUCCCCUACUAUACUGGAUUUAAAUGUUGCUGGAACAUCCACUUUGUGGGAAGCAUCCGGGUAACUGAAUGGGAUGUUCCCCUUUCAGUUCGACAGAAACACUACAUGUGAAUCCACAGUAGUUAAACAUGCUGUUAUGCUGAAUUUUCAACAUACAGUAAAUACGCAUUGAGCUUAACGCACAACCCCUGCUCUCGAUUUUAAGUCUUGUGUGAAUAGAUUGAAUCAGUCAUGCUCAUCCCACAACCUGGAAAACUUGAUUUGCACACUGCUUGGUGGGGAAAGGGACGAGUUACUGUAACGACUGUCGUAAAAACGUACAUUCAGAUGUUUUCAUAUCAGAGCGGUUCCCGGCAGUAGCAACCUCUUUGCCACUCUUGUGCUAAAAAUAAAGAAAAAAAAGAGUUCUUUAAAA